CAUCUGGUUGCCUUUCCCUUCCCGCCCUCGCGCCUCUCCGCCUUACACCUUCGCCAGAAUGGCGAGGCCGCUGCCGCCAACGAGCUUUCUCACGCCCAUUCGCAGAGAGCCGCCGCUUCAAAUCGUUCAGGCCAACCUCGAGAGCCUCAAGAGCAUCUAUCUGGGGACUUUCGACGGCGAUUCGGAAGAUGAGGGCGAUGAAGAAAGUAGGGGUACCCUUCUCCGCCUCGACGAACAAGAGCGCGAGUACGCUCAAGCAUGGCUACGUCGCCUCAUCGACUCGGAGCUGGCGUGGCUGAGCGCGGGCGACGGAGGGCAAUCCAGCAGCACUGCUUCCAUCCUCGAUGAGACCGCCAUGCUCUCGCAGCGCCUCACUGACUUGGCCGCGGGAGGCGGUCAGGGAUUGGAAGACGCCGAACCUAUGGAGCGGGUGUUCAGCUUUCCUUUUGACUUUGACAAGCUGACGAGGAAGGCGGGCGAUCAGGCGCUGGUCGGAGACGAGGACGCAAAGACGUCGGCCAUCCGAGUCACACUCGUCGAUGAGCCGCUGCCUCCGUCAGGAAAUGAUGACCAUCACGACCUCGGGGACCCGAGCAACACGGCCUCAUCUGCCGCCGAAGCGGUAGGCGUGCAGACAUGGGCGGCUGCCAUUAUCCUAUCCGACUUGCUGGUACGCUCGCCAGAGGACAUUCACCCUAGCCUGUGUGACAAUGAUGAGGGUCGCGGAUUGAGUGUGGCUGAGCUGGGAGCUGGGACGGGUCUCGUGGGCAUUGUCUGCGCCCAGCUGCUUGCUCAGAGGAUGACGAGGGCAACACAAGGUGGGAACCGAGUUGUGCUGACCGACUACCACUCGAUGGUGCUGGCAAAUCUGCGUCGAAAUGUCACCGCGAAUCCUGUCCAGGCUACGGCGACAGCGGGAGGAGAGCCGCCCGUUCAAAUGUCUGUCGAGUCUCUCGACUGGUCGCACUACUACCAGCAGGACGUAAAUGCUCUCGCAGCACCGACGCCGCAACACGACCUGCUGCUGGCAGCGGACGUCGUCUACUCCCGCUCUCAUGCCCAAUGGCUCUACGCAGCCAUGUCGGCCCUCCUCUCCCGUCGAUCACCACAUUCUCGCGCCCACGUCAUAAAUGCCAAGCGCAUGGAGGGUCGCUUUGGCGAGUGGGGGCUCAUCAAGCUCACAGACGAAGCGUUCGGGCCUGUCUGGACAGGUGAUGCGAAUGACCCAAAGGCAGGCGAGGAUGACGAUCUCAAACUCGUAGUGCUCCGUCGCAUUGAGAUGGCGAAGCGCAAGGGGCUGGGAAGGAGCGAUGAGAGUGGGCAUGUGUGGUGGACGUUGGGGUGGAAGAGAAAGCGCGAGUGCGAGUCUUCUGUACGAGUAUAGAGCAGGGCAAAGAGCAUUUCAAUGUACAAUAGCCGC